CCAAUGAUUGUAUAGGUACUCGUGGCACACACAAUUUACAACAUCAUUACGCUAAUCGCUAACUAAUCAAGUAACAUAAUAUUGGAAUAUGUCAUCAUGGUAGCUCGUAAUUAAACGAUGCCAAUAUUUUGUUUGCGCGGUAAUUGACGGCUGUUGAAUACACUUCAUCCCUUCGACAUUCCACUAAUGAUGCCUUUACCCGCACGCUUACAACGCUGACCUUAAACCCUGCAGUCUGCCCCCGGCUCUGAUUACUGACACGCGACACAGAAAUGCUGAUAGUCCUUAUAACGCUCAGUAUCGUCAACUCCUCUCUUUCUUUGAGCACCAACAGCGCGCUGUACAAUGAAGUCUUCGCCUACCACACCGAGACCUAUCUCAAGGCAGAAUUCGCCUACGAAGUCGUCUUGAAAAUCUUCAACGCCUUCCAGCAAUGGUUCUUCACUGUCACAUUUUGCGAAUUCACGUACUUUGAAAACAGGAUCUUAAAAUACACCGAGACCUUCGGGUAUGGAUAUCCAGUCAUGCUUUUGAAUGGGUGCCAAGAUUCGAAUAGCACCCGAGUUAAGCCUAAGCUAGAUAGACACGGACGCACCGCAUACAUUGUGACGUCGAACAAACUAUCGGUUGAAAACAGCGACAUUGCUAUAGAUGCCCUGAUAAAAACUGGUGUUUUCAAACGAAGAUCUGCAGUGAUAUUUGUCUUAAAUAAUCCUGUUAAAAUUGACAGCUACUUUUACUUCACAAUGAAGAUGCAUUUUGAAUUGCUCUGGAGUAGAAGAAUAACCAACUCUAUAAUAGUUCUUUGGUCAAACAAACUAAAAAUGUAUACUUAUAACCCUUUCUAUCAAGUAAUCAAAGACAUAACAAAUGUGCGUGACAUUACCAGAUUACUUGGUGAACAAUAUGACGACCUUAACGGGCGGGAGUUACGUUUAAGUGUUUUCCGAAAAAUUUAUACUUCGUCUGAAACUGGGCCAGUCUAUUGCAGUUCUCGGUUGGCCAAAACAAUAAUGACACGCAUAAAUGCAACUUGUAAACCACUAGCUCCUAGAGAUGGUAGCACUGUAGGAGACUUGCUAGAAAACGGAACAGCUACUGGAGUAACGGCUGACUUACUAGAUGGGUAUACAGAUUUGGAGUUGAAUUCCAGGAUCUUGAAAAAUUCCUACUAUGGCUACAUUGACACGACUUAUCCCCUUGGUCAAGAUAAUCUUUGCUUUUUGAUAAAAAAGGCCAUACAGCAAUCAGCAUUUAUGACCACACUGCAAUUAAUAACAGUAGAUAUGGUUUUACUUUUUACUUUCAACGUUAUAGUUCUUAUAGGACUCAGUGUUUUCAUACGAAGAGUUGAGAAAAACAUUUGGAAAAUACCUGAUAAGCAUACUACGUCAGAUACAGUCGUAGAGUUGGUAAAGUGUUUUAUAAGACAAACCGUAGAUAUCAAAUUUCCUGGGCUGAUCUACAGAUUUGUCAUUUUAGCUACUAUGACAUAUUCUUUGGUUGUGAAUUGCGCUAUUGAUGUAAGUAUUUUUUUGAUAAUCCAUUGUAUUAUUCUUACCAUUUCUGGCUUUUCUAAUCGUUUUUAAAUAUUUUGUAAUUGUGUCAGUAACUAGGCCCAUAAUUUCAGACGCUCUACCAUUUAGAAUUUGGGUUUAUUUGCACAAAGUACAUAAAUUUG